AUGGACAGUACUAUGCGGCUUCUGCUCGCGUUCUCUUUACUGCCUUUCGCUCUCACGAGCGCCCAGUCCGAGUCCGCCACUCCUACCGCCCCUGAUACCAACUCGAAUCCUUUCGCAACAGCUUCCACCCAUGGCCUUCCUUCAUCGACCGACAAGGCGAACAGCAGCAACAACAACAAUGAUAGCCGCGACGUUGGAGGGCUGGCACAGUACUAUUUUGGCUUCCUCGUCCUGAUAGUAAUUGUGGUAGCGCUCGGCGCACUCAUGUUCUGGCGUAGGAAGAAGAAGCUGAGCAUGAUGGCACAACAUCACAGAGAUCAUGCCAUCGAGAGAGACAUCGGAUCGUGGGAUCCCUCACGGGCAAGAAGACGUUACUGGCAGGGAAGAUGGCGCUCCACAGAUGUUGGACACGAGGAGGGAUUGAACGAGCAUGGAGAAGCGCCGCCACCAUACAUGCCAAAACCGAGAGACGAGGAGAAUGCCGCUCAAGCGCCAACGAAUGCUCCCGCAGUACCGCUCCGGACUCUAUCAAGAGAUCAAGCAGGGCUUAAGCCGCCUGGCUAUGGAGAGGCAUAUGUUUGUGACGCGGACGAUGAGAGAUUGUUUGCAGCGCAUGCGGCGAGUAGUUCGCAGAAUCCUGGCAAUACUUCCGCAGCACCAAGAUCUGGCGCAUGA